UUCAACAAGUCUAGCAAACGGAGCAGCAGCUGAAUUCCGGUGACAAAAACUACCAAGUUUAUAUCUAAAUUUCUUUGUGAAAGCAUCUAAAUCUCAAAGCAUCUAUAAGCAUGUCCUUCGCACAGUUCUUUGUCGCCUGCUGUCUGGCCAUCGUCCUGCUGGCCGUGGCCACCACUGGGGCUGCAACCCAGGGUCCUCCUCUUUGCCAGGCCGGCAUCAUCGAGGAGAUGCCCCCGCACAUCCGGAAGGUUUGCCAGGCUCUGGAGAACUCUGAUCAACUCACAACGGCCCUUAAGUCCUACAUCAACAACGAGGCAUCCGCUCUGGUGGCCAACUCCGACGACCUUCUGAAGAACUACAACAAACGUACGGAUGUCGAUCACGUCUUCCUGCGCUUUGGCAAACGUCGUUAAGGACAUGACUCGAAGGAUUCCAUUGCAGACCAUACUUAAAUUGCGACAACGACAUUGGACCUUGACCACAAGCGGCGACAUCGUUUCUGUUCACCCAAAGCACAAAACUAUUUUGACGUCUUCAACAUAAUUAUGUAAAUGUUAUCUAUGGAAACUCAGAACUUUAAUCAAUUGGAAGCUCUCUAGUUCAUUAAAUAGAAUUGAUGUGUCAAAUGUUUAUAUAAAAACUCGAAUACCUAUUUGUACAUACUCAAUGACCCCCGAAACGUUAUGAAAGUUGAUCCCUUGGUUUUAAUUUUUUGUAUUUCCCUUUGUGGAUUUCAUUAAUGUUAUAUAAACAAAUAAUACAUAUUUGAUACAGUCUAAAUAUCUCACACAUAUUUCCCUAGCAUGAAGCACUAUUAUUAAAUAACCAACAAUUGUUUUAAAAUCCAAUCCAUAAUUCUGUUAACUUUUUAAAUAAAGACAAACUUUUCCUCUCAACGUGUCAAUGCAUGACAAAAUGCAA